AUGCCUUACAACGAUUCAUUUUUUUUUUUUUUAGUCGCUAAAUUGGCUAAGGAGCAAAUAGGACCGCUGGUUAAGAAAAUGGAAAAAGAAGGAAAGAUUGAUGACGGGGUUCUGAAGCAAUUAUUUGAUAAUGGACUAAUGGGACUAGAAAUAUCAUCGGAUUACGGCGGUAGUAGUUGCAAUUUCAUGACAACAAUUCUAGCAGUUGAAGAACUGGCCAAAGUUGAUGGAUCAAUAGCUGCAUUGGUUGACAUCCACAACACUCUAGUUAAUUCACUGAUAAUAAAAGUAGGAAAUGAAGAACAGAAAGCUAAAUACUUGCCUAAAUUAGCCCAGGAAUUUCCGGGAAGUUUUUGUCUGACCGAACCAGGAGCUGGCUCAGACGCGUUUUCACUGAAAACAGAAGCAAAAAAAGACGGUGAUCAUUACAUAAUUAACGGCACGAAGAUGUGGAUUUCAAACUCUGAUCUUGCUGGAGUAUUCUUAGUUUUUGCAAACGCGAAUCCGUCGGAUGGAUAUCGUGGAAUUACGACAUUUUUUGUGGAUCGCAGCAUGCCAGGCGUAUCCGUAGGUAAACCAGAAGACAAAUUAGGAAUAAAAGCCUCAGGAACUUGUAUGGUGCACUUUGAAAACGUUCGAGUACCUGCGGAGAAUAUUUUAGGACAAUUUGGGCAUGGUUAUAAAUACGCAGCGGGUUUUUUAAACGAAGGACGUAUCGCAAGAAUGGUUGAAGCUAAACAAGAUUUCGUGAAAGAAGCUGCGAUGGCUAAACUUGUUGCUUCAGAAACUGCAUUAAAAGUAACAGCCAAGUGUAUAGACUUCAUGGGCGGUGUAGGUUUCACAACUGAUUUUCCACAAGAAAAAUACUUCCGUGACUGUAAAAUCGGGACAAUUUAUGAAGGAACAAGCAAUAUGCAAUUAUCAACAAUUGCUAAACAGAUCCGCAAAGCAUACUCAUAA